AAGGAUUAGCCACCUUAACCUUCCUGUGUUUGAGACUAUAUAUAUCAUUAAUGGUGCAUGAGCACCGAUUACAGCUUUAUCAGGGCCUAAAACAACCUGCGAGGGGGAACACAGAGUUAAAGCUACUAUGGCAGCCUUACUCUUAGCAUAGACAUCCACCAUCAACGUACGUCUCCAAGUCUCGCACAUUCUCCAGGGCUUGCUUCUCCACUGCUUACCAACGCUCUGAGCAUGUCCAAAACGUGUCCAAGACCUUCCACGUGGUGAGCAAAUGCGCCGCUUGAUAGUAUAUAUAUAAUCCAGAUAGAGAAGACACAACGGUGGUGUCGCCGGCCGGUGGGAUAAAGCUAGAGAGCCAUUAACAUAGCCAGAGAAAGAUGGCGGCAAUACGUUUAGCAAAAUCUCCUGGUUAUGUCCAAACAACUAGCAGACUCUGGAUGGCUCGCUUCAGUAACACGGCUAAAGGUACUAAUGCGGUAGCCGAAGGGAGAAAUGUGACAUCAGUGCUGCCUGAACCUAUAGGCCGAGAAACCAAGAAUAAUGCAAGAACUAAUGAAGCCAAAGGCCAAGCUCAAAAUAUCAACGACGAUGAUCAGAGUGGCGCGACAGGUUUUGCACCUGACACAGCGAGACAAGGUGCUAUAAAAGCAAUGUACGCGGCGGAGGCUGACGAUGUUAUGCAGGAAAUGGAUAGUGCUUAUGAUGUUACAACAGAGACUACCCAAGAUGUCAAAGACACAAUCGUUGCGGAGGCUGAUAACAAUGUGGUUGAAACCACUGAGUAUCGAAGUAUUCAAGAUGCCGCGAAGCGCGAUGAACUAGAUUGAAGGGUUUGUUUGGGUUGCUAGUCAUUGAAACGUUGAAUUGGCGAUGAUGUUGAAUUUAGUGUCUCAUGGAUAUGUUAAAAAAAAAUUGGGUAAA